UUUAUUUAUGAGGCCAAGAGGACUCAAUGGCUUCAGAGCAGCAACCACUGGGGUUUCUACUGCAUAGAAAUAAAAGAUGAGAUGUUGACACAUAAAUGGAGUCCAAUAAGCUUGGUGGUGCUCCUUGUAGCUCCCUCACCCUGGACUUCAGAGCUUAGUGCUGGGAAAAAAUUGUGCCUCCAGACAAACAGUUAUAUUCAUCUCAGGUAGCACAUAGGGCAGAGUAGCUGUUCUUGACACCAAAAUACCGUUUCCAAUAAAUAUUUGCUUAGGAGUUGCAUACCCUUUGGGAUGUAACACUGUGCUCUACUGGCCAGCCUGGGCCCUGUGGUCUUUGUUCUGUUUGGAGUGAAGAGAUGUGGACAUAUGCAUACAAGGUCCAAGAACACUGGCUUCAUCAGCAUUCAGCUUUGUGCUUCCAGAUAAUAUGUAUCUGAAGCCAUGUAAUGUUUAACAGAGGAAAACAGCAGUUUGAGUAAAGCAGCAAGGAACAGCACAGCCCAUGAGAGCAAGAGCCUUCUGAAUGUAAAUGUCUGUGAAGAAUGACGGAGGCCAUGCUCCCCCUGUGCCUGCUGGUGGCUGUGCUUCACCUCAGUGUCCACAGCCUGGCUCAGACUGAUCACCACACUGACCAGCACGAGACAACUGACCCCCAGAAACAGCAUUCCCACCAGGGAGAUCCUCUUGAGUCCUGCCAAAGGAUAGUCCCAAGCAACACAGACUUUGCCUUUCAGUUUUACAGGCAAGCAGCCUCUCGAGAACCCCCAAAGAACGUUUUCUUCUCCCCAGUCAGCAUCUCUGCUGCCCUUGCCCUCCUGGCCCUGGGCUCCCGAGGCAGCAGCCAGACCCAGGUGCUGGAAGGACUGGCCUUUAACCUCAGCAGCAUCCAGAAGGAGGAGAUCCACGGUGGCUUCAGUCAGCUCCUGCUGCUGCUGAGCCGCCCUGGGAGCCAGGUGCAGCUGAGCAUGGGCAGCACGCUCUUCAUGGACAAACGCCUCAAGCCAAUGAAAACCUUUCUGAAGGACAUCCAAAAACUCUACAGAGGAAAAGCUGUCUCUACAAGCUUCCAGAAUUCCACUGAAGCUAAAAAAGAGAUCAAUGAUUAUGUAAAGAAUAAAACCCGUGGGAAUAUAAACCAAAUACUUGAGGACCUUGAUCCGAACACUCUGAUGGUAAUUGUUAACUAUAUUUAUUUCAAAGCCUACUGGGAAGAUCCUUUCAAUAUUGAGGGGACCCACAAGGACUAUUUCCAUGUGAAUGCAAAGACCUCAGUUGAAGUGGAGAUGAUGGUUCGAGAUGGAUUUUAUAAAGCACACUCUGACAGAAGGCUGUCAUGCAAGGUGGUGCAGAUUCCUUACAAGGGAGAUGUUGCAGCAUUGUUUAUUCUGCCCAAUAAAGGGAAAAUGAAACAGUUGGAGCAUGCCCUGACAAAAGACACUGUUUCUAAAUGGGAAAGAUCUCUUCGAAGAUGGAGGAUGGAGCUGCAUAUUCCAAAACUAUCAAUUUCAGGCACCUAUGACUUAAAGAGGAUCUUAAUGAAUAUGGGUGUAACUGAUGUGUUUUCUGAAUGGGCUGAUCUGUCUGGAAUCACAGGAAACCCUGAUAUGAAAGUUUCAAAAGCUACUCACAAGGCUCUGUUGAAGAUUCAUGAGAAUGGCACAGAGGCUGCAGCAGUCAGCAGCGCCGAUUUUCUUCCUCACUCUGUUCCUCCCAUUGUUAAAUUCAAUCAUCCAUUCUUGCUGUUGAUUGUUGAUCAGUACACUCAGAGCAUCCUUUUCAUGGGAAAAAUUGUAGACCCAACUGAAAAAUGACUGGUCAGUGGCUGGUCUUAUUGAUUUGAAUUGCAUUUUGUGGUAUUAUUGUCCAUUGUGAUUAAAAUUAUAUCCCAACAGUUACUAAAAUUUUUCUUUUUCCAAAGUAAUCAGGAAAGAGUGCAGUCAUUCUUAGGAACAUUCUUUUUGCUUCAUCCUUCCAUAGAAAAUAACCACGACCUAUAAGUGAAUUAGUGAAUAAUUUGAUAAAUCAAACUUAAUGAUUAGUGCCAUCUUUGAAAAGCAAGGUAAUUGUCCAGCUGACAGACUCAGUUAAAACACUGUAAGCAAAUAAAAUUUGAAUGGAUAAAUCUAAAUGAAUUUUCUGCAAACUACAGGUUGGUUUCUGACAUUGCUAGGGUUUCCAGUAGAAGGAAGGCAUAGCUGCAAAUUACACACUGGGAGAGUCAGUCACUUUAGACCAGGCCUAGGCACUUCCUUUGAUGGCUGAGUCUUAUUCCAUUCUCUCCUUUAAGACAUUCACAGCUGAUGGCACCCACCCACAUCGUGUUGGCUUCUUUGAGCUGGCCAUUAAUGUAACCAACUCUACACACACAUCCUACGUGGAAGCAGUGCUGGGGAAUGUUUUAGUUGGCUGGAUAUCCAGAAGCAUCUACUGGCAUUGCAUUAUAGAUUUACUCUUGUGUUUCUUGUAAAUAGAAGUCCCUUGCAAGUGGAUGUUCAAAAGGAAUAGGAUAGGAAUACCUGGAAGGGGAAAAAACCAAACAUUUAGACUAAUCCUAUCUCCAAAGUUUACAUGUAUGCUGGUAAAUAAAGUGCUUUAAGAUCUGUUCUCUAACCAUGAGGUCAACUGGCUCAUCACAGGUCAUAUCCACAUUGCUUAACUCUGACCCUGCAAGUUAUCCCAUCUACUUACUGGAAAUGUCCCUUGUCCUGUGCUAACCCCAAAACACAUGCUUAGCACUUCUUUGGAAGAAUCAUAUGGUGGCAUGUGUCUGAAACGGAGCUGAAAGUGUAAGAAUGUGAGUGUCUGCAGGCUGAUGCUCCCCAGAACUGCUCUGUGUACUGGCACAGAGGAGUGGGAAAGUGUCACUUCAUCACUCAGCCCCAUCAGCUCCCCCUCUGCUGGCAAUCUGCAUUUUUUUUUGUAUAAUACUAAGCUCCAGGUAGUGCUGAUAGGCCUUCACAGCUACUUCUCAGAAAGGAGGGAACUGGAGACCCUGAUGUGGAAUCAGACCAAGCAGUUCAACAAAAGCCCAUCUAAACUACUUCAAGUCAGACUGUGAGACUCCUACAUACUUAGCACAGAUGUGUUUGGGUGGUCUCUCCUGAUUACUCCUGUGCACUUGCUGUAAUUGUGUAUGCUUAUUUUCACAGUAUAUGUGAGUGCUUAUUUUGAAAAGCCUACUCUUAUUAAGGAUUUGGGCUGUUCCUUAGAUGGUGCUGCAAUGCUUUGAUGAUGCAGAUACCAGGAACACUUCAAAUCUGAGCACAUAGAA